AUGUUUGAAACAAAUAAAGUUGAAGACGCAACGGUUAACGAAUAUAUAGAAAGACCAGAAGAAUUUAAUAAACUUGAUGAAUCUGUAGAAAGAACAAAAUUAUUUCAUAAUGAUGUUUAUGACAAUGAUAUAAAAGUAUGCUUACCUACAAGAAUUGGAUUUUCUAAAGCAUUUAUAUCUAUGGUAGAUGGAAUAAAAUGGGGGUGGGGAUUUACAAAUACACCUAAAGAAUCAUCUAAAUAUUAUAUAAAUGAAAUAUUAUGUGGAUGUAUAUUAUGUUUAACUAUGUUACCAGAAAUGAUUUCUUUUUGUAUGAUAGCAAAAAUACCACCAUAUCUUGGUUUACAAGGAGCUUCAUUAUUAUCUUUAAUAACAUCAAUUUUUGGUGGUUCUCCUGCAGUUAUACAUGGUGUUACAGGUGCCUUUGCAUCUGUUUGCUCUAAAUAUUUAGUUGAAAGUAAUAAUGUUGAUUUAUUACCAGAUGGAAUUGAAAGACUUUAUGUAUGUAUAUUCAUAUGUUCUAUUAUGUUAUUUUUUUUUUCGUAUUUCCAUAUGUCUGCUUUAAUUCAAUUAAUACCUACACCUGUAUUUAUUGGUUACUGUAACGGCCUUUCUAUCAUUUUUUUAAGAGCUCAAUUGCAUAACUUAAUAAAUCCAUAUACGCAUGAAUAUAUAAAGGGCUACUAUUUGCUCUUUUUUAUCAUCAUAUGUACAUUGGUGGUAUUGAUUGUCGAGUUAUGGAAAAAAAUACCAAAGUUUGGUCAGAAAAUUCCUUCGUCCCUUAUAGCCAUAGCUGUAACUAUAUUUGUGGAGUUUGUCAUUUUGAGAAAAUUUUUACAUAACAAUUUUGCUUCCUUCAAAGAUGUGAAAUCGUUUACAGUAGGGGAUAUGUUUUCAUUUACUUCUGAUAAGGCUAAACCGACAUUUUUGUUUUCGAAUAAGGAUUUAAAUUUUUCAAAGGUGGAAUUUAAUAUGGAUUUGAUCAAACAGGUUGCGAACAUGUUCACUGUGCUGCUUGUUGAAGUAUUAAUGGUUAGUGAAGUCAUAAAAGAUAUGGGAGGUGCUGAAUGUGAUACGAAUGAAACAAUUUUUUCUCUUUUUAUUGGGAAUAUCUUAGCAACAUUGGGUAGUGCAAUAGGUGGUGGUAGUUUAUUAGGAUUGUCUGUUUUAAAUUAUAGAAAUGGAGCAAGGGGUAAAGAGAGUGGAGUAGUGGCUUCUAUAUUGAUAUAUGCUAUUUUGUUGUUUGGAUAUUCAUUAUUAAAUUAUAUACCUUUAUCUUUUCUUUGUGGUAUUAUGAUAACUGUGUUUAUUCAUUGUUUUAAGUGGUUUUCUAUUCCGAUAGUCUUUUUUACAUUUUGUCCAGGGUAUAUAAGAAAUUGUCAUCCCUGUAUGAGUAGAAAAAUAUCAAGAUGGGAUGCCUUCAUCAUAGUUCUUGUAACGGUUUUAUGUGUAUUUGUUAGCGUACCAAAUGGUGUAUUAACUGGUAUAGUUUUAUCAGCCUUAGUAUAUGUAUGGCAAAGUAAAUCAACAUUUAAAUUUGAAAUAUUUUAUGAUAGAGAUACAGAUACGAAGUAUUAUGAAAUUGAGGGUCAUCUUUUUUAUGCUUCUAAGAAAAUGUUUACAAGAUUGUUUAACUACGAAAAUGACAGUUCAACAGUCAAUAUUGUUCUUAAAGGUAAGAGUACAUUAUUUGAUUACACUGCAAUAGAAGCUUUAACAUCUGUAAAACAACAAUAUAAUAUUAAUAAUAAAAAUGUGACUAUACAUGGAUUAAGUCAUGAAUGUAUUAAAAAAAUAGCUAAAAUGAAUCACUUAUGUAAACAAAUUGAUGUUGACUUAGUAAAAGUGGAGGCCCCAGUUGUGCCUUUAUUAUACAAACCUUUACAAACAAUCUUUCAAAAACAAAGAACCAUUAGAAGAAAAAUGUCCUUCAAAAUAAAAAAAAAGAAAAAGGAAAAAACAGAGGAAAAAUUAAAUGAUAUGGAACAACCAUAA